AUGCCGCCCAAGCCGAAAACCAUUCUGGACAAGGUUCUCGUCGCGAUCGAGGACCUGAAAUCGCCGACGGGGAGCUCGAGACAGGCGCUCGCGAAAUAUCUGAAAGAACACUUUGAACACGAUAACCCAUCGGCUCUCAAGCGCGCGCUGGACAAGGCGGUGAGCGAUGGAAGGCUCGAGCAGCGCGGACAAUCAUACCUCGUUCCUGGAGUGACGUACGACGCGCCGGAAGAAGAGCGCGUGGAGAUUGAGGUGCUGUCGGAGGGAUUCGAGGAGAGCGGAAGAUGUGAGAAAGGCGACCAGGUAUGCGUUACGUACGUCGGGCGAUUGAAGGCGACGGGAGAGGUGUUCGAGCGUUCGAGGGGGCCGUUUCGGUUCACGCUCGGUUACGGCGAGGUUAUUAAGGGUUGGGAAGAGGGCGUUCUCGGGAUGAAGGUGGACGAGACAAGACGGCUGACGAUACCGCCAAAGUUGGCAUACGGAAAACGAGGGAGUCCGCCCGAGAUCCCGGAAGACGCCACGCUCGUGUUCGAGAUGACGAUGUUGCGCUUCGAGCCGGUGGUGUAA